GGAAUUUGCACUUUGUUCCACUGUAUGACUGUAAUAUGGAAAUAUUUUUCUUAACAUUUAUCUUGGCUGCAUAUUUUCAUGGUGGUUAAUCAUCAACUGGGAGUUGGGCACACAGCGAAAGUCUCCCUCCUUUUAACACGUGAAAGUUGCCUGGCUGACCCUAAAUGAGCUACAAAUGCUGGGUGUUUUUUAGACACCUUGACUGGCAGCAGCUGGUUGAUAUCCUGGUGUGUUGGCUAAGGCUUGCCGUUUAUCCAGUGGUGAUGGCGUCGGGGCGUAAGGACAGACAGAAGGACAGGGACCGGGAGAGGGAGAGAGCCCUGCUAGAAAGAUAUGGAGAGAGGAGCUUCCCUCCCCCCUGCCCUGGGGACACACUCCCCUGGAACCUGGACAAACACCAGAGGGUCAAACGCUCUAAGUCUGCCUCGGGCUCCGGGGACGUCCUGGACCCAGCUGAGAGGGCCGUCAUCCGCAUCGCAGAUGAACGGGAUCGAGUACAGAAAAAGACCUUCACAAAAUGGGUGAACAAACACUUGAUAAAGUCACAACGUCAGGUCACAGACCUGUAUGAAGACCUGAGAGAUGGACACAACCUGAUCUCCCUCCUGGAGGUCCUCUCUGGGGAGACGCUGCCCAGAGAGAAAGGCCGCAUGAGAUUCCACAAGCUGCAGAAUGUACAGAUGGCACUGGACUUCCUCAAACACCGACAGGUCAAGCUGGUGAACAUCAGAAACGAUGACAUUGCGGAUGGCAACCCCAAGCUGACCCUUGGGCUGAUAUGGACCAUCAUCCUUCACUUCCAGAUCUCGGACAUCCAGGUGAAUGGCCAGUCAGACGACAUGUCGGCCAAGGAGAAGCUGCUGAUGUGGUCCCAGCGCAUGGUGGACGGCUACCAGGGCAUCCGCUGUGACAACUUCACCACCAGCUGGAGGGACGGCAAGCUCUUCAGCGCCGUCAUCCACAAACACCAGCCUAGACUCAUUGACAUGAGUAAGGUGUACCGCCAGACCAACGUGCAGAACCUUGAGUACGCCUUCAACGUGGCAGAGACAGACCUGGGCGUGACACGCCUGUUGGAUCCAGAGGAUGUUGACGUGCCGCACCCUGAUGAGAAGUCCAUCAUCACCUACGUGUCAUCCCUGUAUGAUGCCAUGCCCCGGGAUGUCCAGGAUGGAAUCCAGGCUAACGAGCUGGAGCUGCGCUGGACAGAGUACUAUGAGCUGGUCACUAUCAUUCGGCAGUGGAUAAACCACCAUGUCGUUAUCUUCGGCGAGAGGAGGUUCCCAGGCAGCUAUGAGGAGAUAGAGAUCCUGUGGCGUCAGUUCUUGAAGUUCAAAGAGACAGAACUGCCUGCAAAGGAGGCCGACAAGCACCGUUCCAAACUCAUCUACCAGUCCUUUGAGAGUGCAGUGCAUGCUGGUCAGGUCAAGGUCCCUCCAGGCUACCAUCCCAUUGAUGUGGAGAAGGAAUGGGGCCGUCUGCACGUGUCCAUCCUAGAGAGAGAACGACUGCUCAGGAUAGAGUUUGAGAGGCUAGAGAGACUCCAGAGGAUUGUCAGUAAAGUCCAGAUGGAGUCAGGUGUGUGUGAGGAGCAGCUCAACCAGCUGGAGACCCUGCUGCAGACGGACAUCCGUCUCCUGAGUGCAGGGAAGCCGGCUCAGCACACUGCCGAGAUGGAGCGGGACCUGGACAAGGCAGACGGCAUGAUCCGCCUGCUCUUCAAUGACGUGCAGCUGCUCAAAGAUGGUCGCCACCUGCAGGCCGAGCAGAUGUACCGCAGGGUAUACCGCCUUCACGAGCGCCUUGUGAACCUGCGCACCGAUUAUAACCUGCGCCUCAAGUCGCAGGUGAUCCAGUCCAUCCAGCAGCCCUCCACCAGGGCGCGUCCUGAGAUGGACGAGGUGACCCUGCGCUACGCCCAGGACCUGCUGACCUGGGUGGAGGAGAGUCAGAGGCGGAUUGAUGAGGCCGAGUGGGGCUCGGACCUGCCCACCGUGGAGUCUCAGCUGGGCAGCCACCGGGGCCUGCACCAGACCGUGGAGGACUUCCGCUCCAAGAUCGAACGGGCCAAGGCUGACGAGAGCCAGCUAUCCCCAGUCAGUAAGGGGACAUACAGUCAAUACCUGGGCAAACUGGACCUUCAGUAUGCCAAGCUGCUAAACUCCUCCAAGUCUCGUCUUCGUAACCUGGACUCGCUCUAUGUGUUCGUCAGCGCGGCAACCAAGGAGCUGAUGUGGCUCAACGACAAAGAGGAGGAGGAGGUCAACUACGACUGGAGCGACCGCAACACCAACAUGACUGCCAAGAAAGACAACUACUCGGGUCUGAUGCGUGAGCUGGAGCUGAGAGAGAAAAAGGUCAACGACAUCCAGGCCACAGGAGACAAGAUGCUGAAGGAGGGCCACCCCGGCAAGAAGACAGUGGAGGCCUUCACAGCAGCCCUGCAGACUCAGUGGAGCUGGAUCCUCCAGCUGUGUUGUUGCAUCGAGGCUCACCUCAAAGAGAACACAGCGUACUACCAGUUCUUCUCGGACGUGAAAGAGGCUGAGGAGAGGAUGAAGAAGAUGCAGGAGAUGAUGAAGAAGAAGUACAGCUGUGAUCGCUCCACUACGGCCACGCGACUAGAGGACCUGCUGCAGGAUGCUAUGGAGGAGAAGGAGCAGCUGAAUGAGUUUAAGACUCACGUGGCCGGCCUGAACAAGAGAGCCAAGACCAUAAUCCAGCUGAAGCCCCGUAACCCCACCAAGUCCAUCAAGGGUAAACUGCCCAUUCAGGCCGUGUGUGACUUCAAACAGAUGGAGAUCACCGUUCAUAAGGGUGAGGAGUGUGCUCUCAUCAACAACUCCCCACAGCCCAACAAGUGGAAGGUCCUUAACCGCUCAGGCAUUGAGGCGGUGGUGCCUUCAGUCUGCUUCCUGGUUCCACCUGUCAACAAGGAGGCUGUGGACAGUGUGUCCAGUCUGGAUUCUGGUCACCAGUCGAUGCUGAUCCUGUGGCAGAGAAUGCAUGUGGACAUGAAGAGCAUGCUUUCCUGGCAGUACCUGACAAGAGACAUCACACAGAUACGUACCUGGAACAUCACCAUGUUUAAGACCAUGAAGGUGGAGGAGUACAGGCUGAUUAUGAGGAACCUGGAGCUUCACUAUCAGGACUUCAUGCGUGACAGUCAGGAUUCCCAGCUGUUUGGUCCACACGACCGUAUGCAGAUCGAGGGCGACUACUCUAAGACCACACAGUUCUACGACAACCUUCUGCGCUCUGUGGAGAAAGGUGAGCAGGACGAGUCGAUGUGUGUGACCUACAUCACCCAGAUCAAGGACCUGCGUCUACGGAUAGAGGACUGCGAGGCUCGUACCGUGGCCCGCAUCCGCAAGCCCGUGGACAAAGACCCCCUCAAAGACUGUGCCCAGAAGACCACCGACCAGAAGAAAGUCCAAGUAGAGCUUGAGGGUAUCAAGAAGAACCUGGACCAGGUGGCCGUGAAGACCGAGGAGGUCCUGAAUACCACUCCUAAGCAGUCCAGCACUGCGCCUGUCCUGCGCUCUGAACUGGAGUUCACCCUGAAGAAGAUGGACCAUGCCUACAUCCUCUCCUCUGUCUAUCUAGAGAAGCUGAAGACGGUGGACGUGGUCAUCCGCAACACGCAGGGGGCCGAGGGAGUGCUGAAGAAGUAUGAGCAGCGACUGCGCGAGGUCCAAACUGUUCCCGAUGACGUCAAGGAGGUGGAGAUGUACCGCACCCAGCUCAAGAAAAUGCGUGCUGAAGCGGAGGGUGAAAAGCCUGCAUUCGAUUCCCUGGAGGGCGAGCUCGGAAAGGCAGCAGCCGUGAGCGAGAAGAUGUCUCGUGUGCACAGUGAGCGUGACGCUGAGCUGGACCACUACCGCCAUCUCCUGUCCGGUCUCCAGGACCGCUGGCAGGCUGUGUUCUCCCAGAUGGACCUGCGUCAGCGGGAGCUGGAGCAGCUAGGUCGCCAGCUGGGGUACUACAGAGAGAGCUACGACUGGCUCAUCCAGUGGAUCGGUGACGCCAAGCAGAGGCAGGAGAAGAUCCAGGCCGUGCCCAUCAGCGACAGCAAGACUCUGAAGGAGCAACUGGCCCAGGAGAAGAAACUUCUGGAAGAGAUCGAGCAAAACAAAGAGAAAGUUGACGAGUGUCAGAAAUAUGCCAAGGCGUAUAUCGACACUAUCAAGGAUUAUGAACUCCAGUUGGUGGCCUAUAAAGCACAGGUGGACCCUCUCUCACCCCUGAAGAAAACAAAAAUGGAUUCUGCCUCGGAUAACAUCAUUCAAGAGUAUGUGACGCUAAGAACCCGCUACAGCGAGCUGAUGACUCUGACCAGUCAGUACAUCAAGUUUAUCACCGACACACAGCGCCGCCUGGAGGACGAGGAGAAAGCUGCUGAGAAAAUGAAAGCGGAAGACAGGAAAAAAAUGGCAGAGAUGCAGGCUGAGUUAAACAAACAGAAGCAGCUAGCUGAAUCUCAUGCAAAGGCCAUUGCCAAGGCAGAGCAGGAAGCUCAAGAGCUGAAGCUCAUGAUGCAGGAGGAAGUCAGCAGGAGACAAGUUGUUUCUGUAGAUGCAGAAAAGCAAAAGCACAAUAUCCAGCUGGAACUACAUGAGCUCAAAAAUCUCUCAGAGCAGCAGAUCAAGUCCAAGAGCCAACAGGUAGAAGAAGCCAAUCAGAGCAGAGUCAAGAUUGAGGAGGAAAUCCGUAUCAUCAGGAUCCAGCUGGAGACCACUGUCAAUCAGAAGUCUACAGCUGAGGAUGAGCUCAAGCAACUCCGGGAAAAAGCGUCUGAAGCCGAGAGGCUGAGGAAGCUUGCACAGGAGGAGGCUGAGAAGCUCCGCAAACAGGUCAACGAGGAGACCCAGAAAAAACGCAAGGCAGAGGAAGAGCUCAAGUUAAAGUCUGAGGCUGAGAAGGAGGCUGCCAAGCAGAAGCAGAAGGCUCUGGAAGACCUUGAGAAGCUGAAGAUGCAGGCGGAGGAGGCGGAGAGACGCAUGAAGCAAGCUGAAGUGGAGAAGGAGAGGCAGAUCAAGGUUGCCCAGGAGGUGGCACAGAAGAGUGCUGCCACCGAACUCCAGAGCAAACGCAUGUCCUAUGUUGAAAAGACAUCAAAGCUGGAGGAAUCACUCAAACUAGAGCAUGUCACUGUCAUCCAGCUGCAGGAGGAGGCAGCUCGUCUUAAGAAGCAACAGGAAGAGGCUGAUAUGGCCAGGGAGGAGGCAGAGAAGGAGUUAGAGAAAUGGAGGCAGAAGGCCAAUGAGGCACUCCGCUUAAGGCUCCAGGCUGAGGAAGAAGCUCACAAAAAGAGCCGUGCCCAGGAGGAUGCCGAGAAACAGAAGGAGGAUGCUGAGCGUGAGGCCAGGAAGAGGGCUAAAGCUGAGGAGUCCGCACUGAAACAGAAAGAUAUGGCAGAGCAAGAGCUGGAGAGGCAGAGAAGGCUAGCUGAGGGAACUGCUCAGCAGAAACUCUCAGCAGAACAGGAGUUAAUCCGGCUAAGGGCAGACUUCGACCAUGCUGAGCAACAGAGAUCCCUGCUUGAUGACGAGCUGUACCGCCUGAAGAAUGAAGUCAGUGCAGCUGAGCAGCAAAGGAAACAGCUCGAAGAUGAACUGGCCAAAGUGAGGAGUGAAAUGAAUGUACUCCUGCAGCUAAAGUCCAAGGCAGAAAAGGAUAGCAUGUCCAACACUGAGAAGAGCAAACAGCUCCUCGAAUCUGAAGCUGCAAAAAUGAGGGACCUUGCUGAGGAGGCAGGAAAACUUAGAUCCAUUGCUGAGGAAGCCAAGCGACAAAGACAAGUUGCUGAGCAAGAGGCAGCUCGUCAAAGAGCAGAAGCUGAAAGGAUCCUCAAGGAGAAACUUGCUGCCAUUAAUGAGGCAACUCGCAUGAAGACUGAAGCAGAAAUUGCCCUCAAAGAAAAAGAGGCUGAGAAUGAGCGACUCAGACGACAAGCUGAGGAUGAAGCUUACCAGAGGAAAGCUCUGGAGGACCAAGCCAGCCAGCACAAGCAAGAUAUUGAAGAAAAGAUCAAUCAACUCAAGAAGUCAUCUGAGAAUGAGUUGGGAAGACAAAAGACACUUGUAGAUGAAACUCUCAAGCAGAGACGAGUGGUUGAGGAGGAAAUUCGCAUUCUCAAGCUAAACUUUGAGAAAGCCUCAUCUGGCAAGCUUGAUUUGGAGCUGGAGUUGAAUAAACUGAAAAACAUUGCAGAGGAAACACAGCAGAGUAAACUCCAAGCUGAAAAAGAGGCUGAGAAACACAGGAAACUUGCCCUGGAGGAGGAGAAACGCAGGCGCGAAGCAGAGGAAAAGGUAAAAAAGAUCACUGCUGCAGAGGAAGAAGCAGGCAGACAGUGCAAAAAUGCACAGGAGGAAGUGGAGCGCCUCAAAAAGAAAGCAGAUGAAGCCAAAAAGCAGAAAGAGGAUGCUGACAAGGAAGCAGAAAGACAGAUUCUCGUAUCCAAACAAGCAGCACAAAAAUGCAAUGCAGCAGAACAGCAAGUUCAGAGUGUCCUUGUCCAACAGAAGGAGGACAACCUCAUGCAGAAACAGCUCAAGGAAGAGUAUGAAAAAGCCAAGAUGCUUGCAAAACAGGCAGAGCUUGCCAAGGAAAAGGCAGAGAAGGAGGCUGCUCUUCUCCGGCAACAAGCAGAGGAUGCAGAACGCCAAAAACAGGCCGCUGUGCUCCAAGCUGCCAACCAAGCCAAAGCUCAAGAGGAAGCCGUAAAAUUGAGAAAGGAGGCAGAGAUCGAAGCUGCCAAGCGAGCACAGGCUGAGGCUGAUGCAAUCAAACAGAAACAACAAGCAGAUGCAGAGAUGGCAAAGCACAAAAAGCUUGCAGAGCAAACAGUGAGUCAAAAGUCUCAGGUAGAGAAAGAGCUUGCAAAGGUCAGGCUUCAGCUGGAUGAAACUGACAAGCAAAAAUCUGUCUUAGACGAGGAGCUGCAGCGCUUAAAGGACGAAGUCGGUGAUGCGGUCAAGCAGAAGGCCCAGGUAGAAGAGGAGUUAUUCAAAGUCAAGAUUCAGAUGGAGGAGUUGGUCAAACUGAAACUCAGAAUUGAGCAGGAGAACCAGCGUCUUAUCAAAAAGGACAAGGAUAACACUCAGAAAUUCCUGGCUGAGGAAGCUGAGAACAUGAAGGAGCUUGCAGAAGAAGCUGCCAGACUCAGUGUGGAAGCCCAAGAGGCUGCACACAUGAGACAAAUCGCUGAAUCUGACCUCGCCCAACAGAGGACACUUGCAGAGAAGAUGCUAAAGGAGAAGAUGCUCGCCAUUCAGGAAGCAUGUAAACUGAAAGCAGAGGCUGAGAUGCUCCAAAGACAGAAGGACCUGGCUCAAGAGCAGGCCCAGAAGCUGCUUGAGGAUAAACAACUGAUGCAGCAGCGUCUCGAGGAAGAGACUGAGGGCUUCCAGAAAUCCUUGGAAGCUGAGCGCAGGAGACAGCUGGAGAUCACAGCCGAAGCUGAAAAUCUCAAAGUCAAGGUGUCCCAACUUAGUGAUGCUCAGUCCAAAGCAGAGAAUGAGGCCAAGAAAUUCAAGAAGCAAGCAGAUGAGAUCAGUGCCCGUCUUCAUCAGACAGAGCUAGCGGCUAAAGAGAAAGUGUCUGUUGUGGAGAAACAGAAACUGAGCAGCAACAAUGAGGCUGAUGAGCUACGCAAAGCCAUUGCUGAUCUAGAAAAGGAGAAGGCCAAACUGAAAAAGGAGGCUGAAGACCUACAGAAUAACUCUAAAGAGAUGGUCAAUGCUCAGCAGAAACAAAUCCAACACGAGAAGACAGUACUCCAGCAGACAUUCGUCACAGAAAAGGCGGAGCUGUUGAAGAAGGAGAAACAAAUUGAAGAUGAGAAGAAGAAGCUUGAGAACCAGUUUGAGGAGGAGGUCAAGAAGGCCAAGGCCCUCAAAGAAGAACAGGAACGCCAGAGGAAACAAAUGGAGCAGGAGAAAAAUAAACUUCAGGCUACCAUGGAUGCUGCCCUCAACAAACAAAAAGAGGCUGAGAAAGAAAUGCUCAACAAGCAAAAAGAGAUGCAGGAGCUUGAAAGGAAAAGACUUGAACAGGAAAAGCUGCUUGGCGAGGAGAACAAGAAACUUCGUGAGAAACUGCAGCAGCUCGAGGUUGCCCAUAAAGAGCCAGUCUCCCACACCAGAGAAAUCGAUAUCCAGACUGACGAUGUGCCUGAGGACGAACUGAUCCAUAUGACCAUGGUGGAGACAACAAAGCAGGUUACCAAUGGCCAAAGUGUUGGGGAGGAGGUUGACAGUAAGAAGGAUACAUUUUCUUUUGAUGGCAUCCGCGAGAAAGUACCUGCAAGCAGACUUUAUGAAGUUGGCCUUUUGACGAAAAAGGAGUUUGAUAAGCUGAAGAAAGGCAAAGCCACUGUGCAAGACCUCAGCCAAACUGACAAGUUAAGAACAAUUCUGCAGGGCAAGAACUGUAUAGGGGGUGUCUUGACACAGUCUAAUCAGAAAAUGGCAAUAUAUGAAGCUAUGAAAGAAAAGAAAAUUACUCCUGGCUGGGCUUUGAUCCUCCUGGAGGCACAGGCAGCAUCUGGCUAUGUAGUAGACCCAGUUAAAAACAAGAAACUCUCUGUCAGUGAGGCUGUGAAGGAAGGCCUGAUCGGACCUGAACUGCACAACAAAAUGCUGUCUGCUGAGAGAGCUGUCACUGGUUACAAAGACCCUUACACCGGUAACAAGAUCUCACUCUUUGAAGCUAUGAAGAAGGGCUUGAUUGACAGAGACCAUGCCAUUAGGCAGCUUGAGGCUCAGAUAGCUACUGGCGGACUCAUUGACCCCAUAAACAGCCACCGUGUGCCCAUCGAGACAGCAUACAAACAGGGGCAGUUUGACACUGAGAUGAACAAGAUACUUGAGGACCCUUCGGAUGACACCAAGGGAUUCUUUGAUCCUAACACCCAGGAGAACUUAACAUACUUUCAGCUAAUGCAGAGAUGCAGCACAGAUCCGGAGACAGGACUGCUGCUCCUGCCCAUCACUGACAAGGCUGCUCUGAGCACGUCAACUUACACAGAGCAGGAGACCAAGGAUGUGUUCAGCAAGACGACUGUCUCUGUGCCAUUUGGAAAAUUCAAAGGGAAGACUGUAACUAUCUGGGAAAUCAUCACCUCUGAGUACUUUACCGAGGACCAGAGAAAGGACCUUAUUCGUCAGUACAAGACAGGAAAGAUCACAGUGGAAAAAAUCAUCAAGAUUGUUAUCACUAUGGCAGAGGAAAAGGAAAAAAAGAAUGAAAUCGCUUUUGAGGGUCUGAGGGGAACAGUCCUUGCUACUGAACUACUGGAGUCAAAGAUAAUCGACAAAGACCUCUACAACAAGCUGCACACAGGCAAUAAAACAAUCAAAGAGGUGUCUGAAAUGGAGCCUGUUCAAAAAUCCUUGAAGGGUACAAACUGCAUUGCAGGUGUAGUUAUUGACUCAACUAAGGAGACUAUGUCGUUCUAUCAAGCCAUGAAGAAGGAUAUGAUGAGGGUAGGGCCUGCUUUAACUCUCCUGGAAGCACAAGCAGGAACAGGAUUUGUUGUUGAUCCUAUAAAGAAUCAGAAGUUCACUGUUGAUGAAGCUGUGAAAGCAACUGUCAUUGGUCCUGAGCUACAUGAAAAACUACUGUCAGCAGAAAGAGGUGUUACAGGCUACAAAGAUCCUUACACGGGAAAGACUGUGUCUUUGUUCGAAGCAAUGAAGAAAGAACUCAUUCCAAAAGAUCAGGGCAUCAGACUCCUAGACGCGCAGCUUGCAACAGGAGGCAUCAUUGAUCCAGUGAAAAGCCACCGCAUCCCACAUGAUGUUGCCUGUAAACGAGGCUUCUUUGAUGACGAAAUGAACCAGAUUCUGAAAAAUCCAACUGAUGAUGUUAAAGGCUACUUUGACCCCAACACACAGGAAAAUGUCACAUACUCACAGCUAUACAAGAGAUGUGUCACUGACAAGAAAUCUGGCCUUCAGCUUCUACCUCUGUCUGAGCAAGCAAUCAAUGCGAAGGAAGAACAUGCAUACACAGAGGUCCAAACCAAAGAGGCCAUGAGACAAGCAACAAUGGAGCUGCAGUCUGGUCCACUCAAAGGGAAGAAACUCACUAUCUGGGAAAUUAUCCACUCUGAAUAUAUUACAGAGGAACAGAGAAUUGACCUGAUGAGGCAGUAUAGGUCUGGAACGAUUACAAUAGAAAAGAUCACCACGAUUGUGAUCACCAUUGUAAAUGAGAAAGAGGCUAAGAAACAAGAACAAGACAGCUUCAAAGGGCUUAGAGCACCUGUCUCUGCCAAGUCACUGUUUGAUUCCAAAAUCAUUGACAAAGCUACGUUUGACAUGCUCCAACAAGGCAAAAAGACACCUACACAGGUCAGCGAAAAUGUCAAUGUAAGCAAGUACCUGCAGGGCUCUGACAGUAUUGCUGGUGUCUACCUUGAACCAACAAAGGAGAAGAUCAGCAUCUAUCAAGCUAUGAAGAAAAAUCUUCUGAGACACAACACAGGCCUGUCACUUCUAGAGGCCCAAGCUGCCACAGGGUUCAUUAUAGAUCCAGUGAAGAACCAGUACCUGUCAGUGGAUGAUGCCGUUAAAGCAGGCGUUGUCGGCCCUGAGUUACAUGAGAAACUGCUUGCUGCUGAAAAAGCAGUCACUGGUUACAAAGAUCCCUUCACGGGCAAAACAAUCUCUCUCUUCCAAGCAAUGGAAAAAGAUCUAAUCAUUAAGGAGCAUGUCAUGCCACUCAUGGAGGCCCAACUGAGUUCCGGAGGAAUCAUUGAUCCUGUGAAUAGCCACCGCGUUCCUAUUGACGUUGCCUAUCAGAAGAGCCUUUUCAGCAAAGAAAUGACACACACCUUCUCGGAACCAUCUGACAAUAACAAAGCUUUCUCAGACCCCAAUUCAGAUGAAAAAGUAACAUACAAACAGCUGAAAGAGAAGUGCACUAGAGAUCCUGAUUCAGGCAUGAACCUUCUACCACUUUCCAAGCCACAGGCCCCAACUGUGGUGGAGAAGACAUACCUCUACACGGAGGAACAGACGCAGAAUGACCUGACCACAACCAAAAUUGACCUCCCCAGUUCACUUGAAUCCCUUGCUGGAGGCUCAAAAAGUCUCUGGGACAUCAUGAACUCAAAUCUACUUCCUGAGCAAGAGAGGAAGAAGCUGAUGGAGGAGUAUCGCUCAGGCAGUAUCACUAAAGAGCGCAUGAUCAUCAUCAUUAUUGAGAUUAUGGAGCAGAGAGAGAUCAUCAGAGGUGAAACUGUUAAGUCCUGCAACACAAUCAGACGUAGGGUCACUAUCGAGGAGCUCUACAAUUCCCGUAUCAUUGACCUGGAGACAUUCAACCUGCUGAAGCAAGACAAAAGAAACAUCCGUGACAUUAUGGAGAUGCAGAGUGUGAAGCAGUAUCUGUUUGGCACGGGCUGCGUUGCUGGUGUCAUGUCUGACUCCACUUCCAGGAUGAGCAUUUAUUCAGCGAUGAAGAGAGGGUUCUUGAAGCCUGAAAUUGCCCUUAGUCUCCUGGAAGCACAAGCAGCAACAGGAUUCAUAAUUGAUCCUGUGAGAAACGAGACACUCACUGUUGAUGAGGCUGUCCGCAAGGGUGUGGUCGGCCCAGAGAUCCACGACAGACUUCUGUCUGCUGAGAGAGCGGUCACAGGCUACAAGGAUCCUUAUAGUGGCAAAAUCAUAUCUCUCUUCCAAGCAAUGAAAAAGGACCUUGUUAUGGAGGAAUAUGCUCUGAAAAUGUUGGAGGCUCAGACUGCCACAGGAGGCAUUAUGGAUCCUGAAUUCUACUUCCACCUCCCAGCAGACAUUGCCACACAGAGAGGAUACAUCAACAAGGAAACAAAUACAAGGCUUGCUGAUGACGUAAAGGGAUUUGUUGACCCUGUCACUGAGGAGAAACUUUCUUAUGCCCAAUUACUCAAGAGAUGCAAGAUUGACCCUACCAAUGGGAUGCGCUUGCUGUCACUGGGAGACAAGAGACUGAUGUUCAAAGGUCUUAGAAAACAGAUCACCAUAGAGGAGAUGUUACGCUCUCAGAUCAUCGACCAACAGACGGUCAAUGAGCUGAAUGAAGGUCUGAUUUCAGUGGAAGAGGUUAGCCGUCGACUCCAAAAAUACCUUGAGGGCACAAGCUGUAUCGCUGGUGUUUAUGUAGAGGGAACUAAUGACCGUCUAUCAGUCUACCAAGCCAUGAAAAAGAACAUGAUCAGGCCAGGAACUGCCUUUGAACUGCUUGAGGCUCAGGCUGCCACAGGCUAUGUAAUUGACCCAAUCAAAAAUCUCAAACUUACUGUCAAUGAAUCUGUCAAGAUGGGAAUAGUGGGGCCAGAAUUCAAAGACAAGCUUCUCUCUGCUGAGCGUGCCGUGACAGGUUACAGAGACCCCUAUUCCGGCAAGACAAUCUCUCUGUUCCAGGCCAUGAAGAAGGGGCUCAUCUUAAAAGACCAUGGAAUACGUCUCCUUGAGGCUCAGAUUGCCACUGGCGGAAUCAUUGACCCAGAGGAGAGUCAUCGCUUGCCAGUGGAGGUGGCCUACAACCGUGGCCUCUUCGACGAGGAAAUGAAUGAGAUUCUCACAGAUCCAUCAGAUGACACCAAGGGUUUCUUCGAUCCCAACACUGAGGAGAACCUGACCUACCUCGGGCUAAUGGAGAGAUGCAUCACUGACCCAGCUACUGGCCUUGUCCUCCUGCUCCUGAAGGAGAAGAAGCGUGAGAAAAAGACCUCCUCCAAAUCCUCUGUCCGCAAACGCCGAGUAGUCAUCGUGGACCCAGAUUCAGGCAAAGAGAUGACUGUCUAUGAGGCAUUUAGAAAGCAGCUCAUUGACCAUCAGACCUACCUAGAGCUUUCUGAGCAGGAGUGUGAGUGGGAAGAGAUCACGCAGACAUCCUCUGAUGGCGUUAUCAAGUCAAUGAUCAUCGACAGACGGUCAGGAAGACAGUAUGACAUUGAUGACGCCCUCGCACGAGGCCUCAUUGACCAGACUUCACUUAGUACAUACCGCUCCGGAAACCUGUCAAUCACUGAGUUUGCUGACAUGCUGUCUGGAAACAUGGGUGGCUUCCGCUCCCGGUCAUCCUCUUUUGGUUCCACCUCUGGUUCCACCUCAUCAUCAUACAAUCCCAUGAGCCCCAUACCCUCCAUUAGACCCCCUGCAAUCAUGUGGAAUGACCCCACGGAGGAGACUGGCCCUGUAGCCGGAAUCCUGGAUACAGACACUUUGGAGAAGGUGUCAGUCACAGAGGCCAUGCACAGGAACCUUGUGGACAAUAUCACAGGCCAAAGAUUACUUGAGGCACAAGCCUGCACAGGGGGCAUAAUCGACCCAACUACUGGGGAACGAUUCGCUGUUACUGAGGCAACCGAGAAAGGGCUUGUGGACAAGGUGAUGGUGGACCGUAUCAACCUGGCUCACAAAGCUUUCAAUGGAUUUGAGGACCCAAGAACCAAAGUGAAGAUGUCUGCCUCCCAAGCUCUAAAGAAAGGCUGGCUGUAUUAUGAAGCUGGGCAACGUUUUCUGGAAGUCCAGUACCUUACGGGGGGGCUGAUUGAACCGGAUGUUGAGGGCAGAGUCUCACUGGAUGAAUCCAUCAGAAAGGGCACAAUUGAUGCUCGCACUGCUCAGAAGCUGAGAGAUGUGAGUGCUUACUCCAAAUACCUGACAUGUCCCAAAACCAAACUAAAAAUCUCCUACAAAGAUGCCAUGGACAGAAGCAUGGUUGAGGAAGGAUCUGGCCUGCGACUGCUGGAGGCCUCCUCACAGUCAAGCAAAGGGCUGUACAGCCCAUACAAUGCCAGCAAUUCCGGGUCUGCCGCUGGCUCCAGGUCUGGGUCCAGGACUGGAUCCAGAACAGGAUCCAGAAGAGGCAGCUUUGAUGCCACAGGUUCCGGUUUCACCAUGAACUUCUCAUCCUCCUCCUACACCAGCUCCAGCAGUUAUGGUGGCCGCAGAUAUGAUGCAGGACCUCAUAAUGGGCUCAACAUGGAUGAGCUAGCCCAAGCCCUUACGGCUCUAGCAAUGAUCAGGCCAUGCAGCUUAGAAGGACAACGAGCCUUCCCAAUGAUGAUACCAAUGCAUAUCGCGGUUGCAGUACUCAGAUUGGCUUGGCUGAUGAGUCUCUUAACGGGGACGAUAUCCCAGUUCAACAGCUUCAGCAUCCAGAAAUUCAGGAGGGAGUCAGAGGAGUGGAGCCAAUGGCAGGGGGAGUUCAGAGGUCAAAUCCGAGCCCUACGACACUGGCUGAAGAGCAUGGAGAUGAGGCUACCUCCUCUGGACCAUAUGAGGAUUAUGGGUAAUCUGAUCAGCCGGCCCAGCUGCCUGGGCCAGAAGUCCAAGCAGGUGAGGUCCGACGAGGACUUCCUGAAGGAGUGCUACCAGCGGCGCCGCGAAUGGCAAGCUCCACCCCUGACACACCAUGGGGAGGCCAGGCGGGAGGAAGUGGUCAGAGAGAGGGAGGAGGAGGAGGAGAGGGUGACAGAUAGGACAAAGGAGGAUGAGGUGGAGGAUGAGGUGUCUCACAGCAACACCCCUCCCUCGGACAAACCCCUCAGGACCAGCCCCUCCCCCGCCCCCACGGUCACCACCAUCAGUACUCUGGACAAUGCCUGGCACGGCACCCCCUCCCCUAUCAAGACAUCCAGGAACAGCACCCUGACCAGGAAGGCCGUGGUCCAAGAGAUCCCCUAUGGGAGAUCCCCUCUAGCCCAGCCUGGCUCAGUCCCAGGCUCAGCGGAGAGGAGGGCCAGCUUCCAGAGGAGAGACUCCAGAGAAGGAAGCCUCCAGAGGAGAGACUCUAGAGAGGGCAGCCCCUGGUCCUGGAAGACCUUGGCCUCCCAUGAGGUCACGGAGGUGACGGAAGUGACAGAGACAGUUGUGACAGAAAUUGUGGAGGUGACGGAGUACCCUUCUGGAGAGAAGGGCGGAGACCCCAUAGUCACCAGGACUGUUAGGGUUCUGACUGGAGCAGCUGAGGAACUCGCUGAGCUGCAUAGCGAUGGACAUUCUAGUUCAGACCAAGAUUCCAGCUUGGACCGUUGGAGGGGAAUGAGAUCUGCCUUGAGUCUGAGAGACGAUUUUGCAGAUUCUGAAACGUUCCAUCAAUCCCUGGAAGCACUGUUGACCUGGGUCUGUGAGAUAGAGGAGCUGACAGCCAAUCAGAAGCCUCCAUCUUCAGAGGUCAAAGUGGUGAAAGCACAGCUACAAGAGCAGAAGCUCCUGCAGCGUCUCCUGGAGGACCGGAGGCAUAGUAUGGAGACCAUGAUGCUGGAGGGCCCUCAUAUGGCCGAGGCCUUUCCAGGGAAGGAGGGGGAGCAGGCCAGGGUCCAGCUCUCCACGCUCAGACACAAAUGGGAGGCCUUACUGGUAGAUGCAGUGAACAGGCGGGGCAGUCUGGAGCUCAUCCUGCCCAGGGCCAAGCUCUUCCAGGAGAGGGUGGACAGCCUGCAGCAAUGGCUCAUCUCUGUGGAGCAGGACUUGGCCGAGCUACGCAAUGCUGAGAGGGAAAUGCUACACCUCCCCGAGGGUACGGAGAAAGCCAAGGCUGUGGUGGAAGAGAUCAAGGCAAAAAACGCUGACUUGCUGAAAAUUCAACAGAGCGGUCAUGAUCUCAAGGAGAAGAUUUCAGAGGAGGAAGCCCAGCAAGUGCAGGAGCGUGUGGACAGCCUGAGGAUACGCUGCUCGGUGUUGAGCCUGACCAGUGGUGACGUGCUGCAGAGACUGGAGCAGGCGCUGGAGGCGUCCAGCCGCUGCACCUCCAGCCAGGAAGACCUCCACUUGUGGCUUGGCCGCAUCGAGAGGGAACUGCUGGGGCCUGCUGGGGGGCAGACUGGGGGUGGAGACACGGUGCUCUGUGCUGCAGAGAGACAGAGGUUGGAGCAGGCUGUGGUGAAGGAGAUGGCCUGGUUCAGAGACACUGCCCUGGGCCUGGAGCAACUCAAAGCUAUUACUCUGGAGCCUGAGCUUAUCUCUGCCCAACUCUAUGAACAGAAGAUCCUUGCAGUGGAGAUUCUGCAACACAAGUUCAACAUUGAGAAGAUGGUGAAGAUCGCUGAAAUCUUGCAGACAUACGGUGAUGAAGGGGAAAUAGGGGAUCUGCAGAUCCCAUUGGAUGCCUUACAGGAACAAUGCAACACCACGUCAGCCACCAACUCCCAUGUGGUCCUGCAGCUGGAGCAUGCCCAGUCCCUCUUGGUUCAGUUCACUGAGGGCCUUGCUGAGGUUUCACCAUGGCUACAGGAAACCCAAGCGCUCAUUGGCCAGCUCUCCCUGAGCACCAUUAGCUACAAGGCAUUUCGAGAACAACAGGACAUCUUACAGGGCCUAAGGGAGUCCAUAGCAGAGCAUAGACCUCUGAUAGCACGGCUGGGCUCGCUGGGGAAACGUCUGUCAGAGCUUAGCCCUGCCCAGGGGGAGGAGUUAUGUCAUAGCGCCAAAGAGGCUGAGGAGCAGCACAGGGCCAUCAGGGACAGGGUCAGAGAGGUUGCCAAUCUACUGGAGGAGUCCCUGCCCAGAUACACACAGUUGAAUGAGAGGAUGACGCUGAUUAGAGAGAGUCUGGAUCGUCUGCUUGGUCACAUGCAGUCCACAGCCUCUCUGCAGGGUCAGACCCCACGCAUCCAGGAGCAGCUACAGGACAACAAGCACACCCUGGCUGAGCUCUCCAAGCUGGAGCUGGGCCUAGGGAGUAUCCGGACCCAGGCUGACGAGCUCCUGGCCAACACACAGGCAGCUGGGGACGCCUCCAUCGGUACAGCGAUCCAGGAGCGGGUGUCUGGCCUGACCCAGCUGUGGGAGGAGGCUCAGAGGCAGGCUCAGGAGAGAGAUGGCUGGCUGCUCAACCUGCUGGACCUGGCCCUCAAGUUCUGGAGCGAUGUUAGUGACGUGACGGCCGGCUUGAACGAUGCCCAACAGGCUGUCCUGGACCUGAACGCCAGUAGGACAGACUCAGAGACCAUCCGCCAGAGCCUGGAGACCAUGCAGACACUCAGGGAGGACAUCGACAGUCUACAGGGGGACCUGGACACGCUUGGCAUUCUGGGAAUGGACCUGAUGUCAGCAUGUGGGGAUACAGACAAACCCGAUGUCACCAAGAGCUUAGAUGAGCUCUACUGCACAUGGAACAACCUGAGUAAACUUUGGAGUGAGUGUCACAAAAAGCUGGAGCAAUCUUUACAGAUGGCUCUACAUUACCAGGACACCAUGCAGGGGCUUUUCGAGUGGCUCAAGUCAGCAGAGCUGAGAUCCACAGAGGAGUUCUUGGUAGGAACUGACCUGGAGUCAGUCAAAGAGCAGCUGUGUGAUCUCAAGGAGUUUAAACGGGAGCUAUACCAGAAGAAGAUCGAGAUGGAGAGCCUGAACCACCGCUUUGUGUGCAGGCUGUCUCCAGGCUCUGAGCGUCCCGGAUCUGUCUCUCCCCUGUGUGACUUCAGACAGCGCUGGGACAGCCUGGAGGCAGAGACUGUCAGCAGACAGCAUCAGCUGGAGUGUUCCCUGCUGGGCCUGGGUCAGUUCCAGAACACUCUGGAUGAGCUGCACACCUGGCUCUCCCACACAGCCGACCUCCUCCAGGGCAGUCGGCCAAUCAGCAUCGACCUGCAGGCAUGCGAGAUAGAGCUGGCCAAACACAAGGUGCUGCGUAAUGAUGUCAUGUCCCACGUACGUACGGUGGAGUCUUUGAACCAGGCGGGGCGGGGCCUGUUGGAGGUGGGGACUGGGGACAGCCCUCACGGUCUGCACCCGCGGCUGGAGCAGCUGAAUGAACGCUGGGAGUUUGUCCGCUGUGAGACAGAGCGCAGACAGCUAGAGCUGGAGAACAACCUCAGUCAGGUCCAAGAUGUUACCAUGGAGAUCCAGGAUCUUCUUCAGUGGUUGGAGAACACAGACCUGAGGCUGUCCUCCAGUAAGACAGUGUGGGGGAUGCCUGACUUUGCCAGCGAGAGGCUCAACGCACACCUGGAGCUGUGUAACGAGAUGGACUCCAAGCUCCAUGCCUACACAGACGUGAGGAACGCCAUCCACAGGAUGUUGGAGAGCAGCAAUGUGACCCGGGGCUCCAGCACUGAACACAGCCUCUGUAUCCUGGAGCAGAAGUGGGCUACCGUCUACGGGAAAGUACAGGAUCGCAAGGCUAAGCUAACCGAAGGGUUGAGCCUGGCGAAGGAGUUCCACAGUAAUGUUCAGGAGCUGCUGACCAGGAUGGCCAAGUAUGAGGAGGCCAUAGGAGUCCUGCCUGCCCCCAGCUUCGUCCUGGACACAGUCUGUGGCCAGCUUCAAGACCACCGGACUCUGGUGAGUGAGGUGAACUGCUACAGUGAGAAGAAGACAGUGGUGGAGACUGCAGGCUCCAGGCUGACCGAGCUGAGCAGGAAGGAGGACUGUGACGUGGUUCACAACCUGAUCAUGACCGUACAGGACCGCUACAGGAAACUUCACCAGCGCACCACAGAGAGGGGCCGAACACUAGAGGACGUCAAGAAGAAUGCAAAACAGUUCAGUGAAUCUUGGCGCCUCGUAGUGGACUGGAUGACUGAGGUGGAGCAGACGCUGGACACACAUAAAGAGAUCGCUGUGGACCACGAGGAAAUUAAACUGCAGCUCACCGAACAGAAGGACUUCCAGAAGCUUCUGCGUUCGAAGCGACCUAUGUACGAGGCCACUCUAAAGAGUGGGCGGGGCCUCCAUGAGAGGUCUCAGAGCGCCCAGGACAGACAGCACCUGGAGAACCUGCUCUCUGAGCUCCGGGACUCAUGGGAUACCAUCAGUGGCAAAUCCAUGGAAAGGCAACACAAACUGGAGGAGGCACUGCUGUUUUCAGGCAGAUUCACAGAUGCUCUUCAAGCCUUGAAUGACUGGUUAUACAGAGCAGAGCCACAGCUGGCUGAAGACGUACAUGUCGGUGGGGAAAAAGACAUGGUCAACAAUCUGAUCGACAAGCACAAGGUGUUCCAGAAGGAGUUGGGGAAGCGAGCCGGGUGCAUUAGGACCCUGAAGCGCUCGGUGAGGGACCUGACCAGGAGCAGCACUGCUGAUGCCCAUUGGUUGCAGGAGCAGAUGGACGAAUUGGAGGGACGCUGGGAGGAUGUGUGUAAACUGUCCGUAUCCAAGCAGGCCAGGCUGGAGGCAGCCCUUCAACAGGCUGAGAAGUUUGACAGGUUGGUCCACUCCUUCCUGGAGCAUCUGGCGGAGGCAGAGAGGGUGCUGAAGUACGGGGUCAUCCCUGAGGAGGAGGAAGCUCUGCUGGCCUUUCGCAAACAACAUGAGGAGUCAAUCAAUUCCCUGAGCUUCCAGGAGAUGGAGCUAGAGAGCAUCCGGUGUCUGAGUGAGGAAAUCCUGUCCUCCUGUCACCCAGACUCCAUCAUCACACUCAAGUCCUGGAUCAGCGUCACCAAGACCCGCUACGAAGAGGUGCAGACUUGGGCCCAGCAGCAGGGCCAGAGGAUCCAGGCCAGCCUGUCUGCUCUGGAGGCUGAGCGGGAGAAGCUGCAGCGCGUACUGGACUGGAUCUCAUCCGCCGAGGAGGCCCUCAACCUCAGAGACCAGGAGCCACCGGCUGAGAGCAUAGAACACAACCAGGAACUCAUCGUCCAACACAUGGUAUUCAUGGAGGAGCUGAACCGAAAACGACCAGAUGUAGAACAUGCCACAAAAUCCUGCAAACAGAAGCUGAUCCCCAAACAGCAGGCUUCGCCGUGCCGCAAGGCACUGACAAAGAGGAGGAGCACUCUGAAACUCCAGCCUACAGUAGUCCCUCUCCCCCUGGAGAACCUGGACCCUCAGACCCCUCAGCUGAGUCAGCUGGUCAGCCACUGGCAGAAACUCUGGCUCCUGGCUCUGGCCAGACAGGGCUGCCUAGAGCAGCACGAGCAGAGACUCCAAGAGAUGGAGGAAUUUGCGAAUUUUGACUUCAACGUCUGGCGCAAGCGCUACAUGCAGUGGAUCAGCCACCUCAAGUCUCGGAUCCUAGAUGUGUUCCGAAACAUCGAUAGGGACCAGGAUGGACGAAUCAGCAAGAAGGAGUUAAUCGACAAUGUCCUGGCAUCCAAAUUCCCCACCAACUCCCUGGAGAUGAAUGCAGUGGCUAAUAUCUUUGACAUGAAUGGGGACGGCUUCAUUGACUACUAUGAGUUUGUGAGUGCCCUCCAUCCCAGCCGGGAUCCCUACAGGAGGACGCUAGAUGCCGAUCAGAUCAAUGAGGAGGUGAGUCGACAGGUGUCUCAGUGCAACUGUCCCAAGAGGUUCCAGGUGGAGCAGAUCAGUGCCAACCGCUACAGGUUUGGGGAUUCCCAACAGUUGCGGAUGGUGCGCAUCCUGCGCAGUACCCUGAUGGUACGAGUGGGAGGAGGUUGGACAGCACUUGAUGAAUUCCUGGUCAAGAAUGACCCUUGUAGAGUGAAAGGUCGGACGAACCUAAAGAUAAAGGAGAAGUAUUUAUUCGACAACUCCCAGAGAGGAGGCUCGUCUAAAACCCUGACGGUCAGCAGGUCCAACUCCAGCCUGAGUCUCUACAGCAGCGCCUCGGCUCCAAGCAGCCCCCUAACACGCAAAGCCUUACUGCGGAGGAGUCUCUCAGGCGACCGCUGCAUCCGGCCCAGGAGCUCCAUAGCUGCUCUGGGGUCAGAUCUACAGUUCUCCACUGCGGGGGAUGAGGAUUCUCUUUCACAAUCAGAGGAAGCUGAAAGACUUCCCACAUGAUGAGGAAGGUAUGUCCACUACGCGCAUCAUGUGAAUGCUACAGUGAUGAGCUCCACUACAGCCUUGGGGUCCAGAGAGAGAGAGAGAGAGAGAGAGAGAGAGACCAACAAGACAAGGCCUCAGUCACAAGCCCAUAGACUGCCACUAAGGGGAACUCCACAACCUUCAGAAGUGAUACAAAAGGGCCUGAUACUCUAUUAGAGACUGUGUUUGUAGGCUCUGUGGAGAGCCUCUGAUUGGUCAGCUAGGGAUCUGGACAUGACCUCUGACCUAAACCUGGUCAUAUCCCGCUACACUCCUCGCUGAGUCAUUGUAUUGAUAUAGUCAUCAUUCCGAUCAUCUAUAUCAAUAUUCAACUUCAACACUGGUUUCCCAAAUAUGACAGAGUCCGAGUAUAGAGAUACUGGAACAGUCUGCAUGGAUACGAAUUGCAUGACGGCUAUCAGUAUAGCUUACAAUCUAGCUUCAAUAUUUGUUUUACCCUGCGCCCUUAGAAAUGAUGUCAGGGCAAGCUGCGAUCAAGCAACGGUGUGGCCUGAAGCUAAAUCACAAAACUCUACAAGAACAAACACGUGUAUUAGCAGCAACUGGAUUUUCAUUUUCGAAGCUAUAUAAAGUCAGGAUUUCAUCAUCAACUGUCAUAAUUAGUUCCUUUAUGUUACUGUGUGUACUGCAUUUCUCCUUUGAAAUGAGUGGGUCUGUAAAAUGCGCUCAAAUGCAAAUACGUGAGUAGGCCCUGUAUUUAGUAACAAGACACAGAACGUCCAAAAGAUGACGCCAAAAACCUACACAGCCAAUGGUUUCAUCGUCUUUCACCGUUGUAAUUAUUUUCCCAUGACAUAAUAGAAACACUAGCUUGGUCCCAGAUCUGCUUGUACUGCUUCGCCAACAACGUCCAGAGUAGUUGGCAAGCCAGCACAAACAGAUCUGGGACCAGGCUAAGGAAACACUGCUGGCGGGGCCACAUUGCUAUUUCAUGUUUCAACUUCAACCUGAACUGAAGCUACACUGUCAGUUAAAGGUUUCUUUUUAACGUCCUGUUAAAGUAUUGUUUUAAAUGCUACAUUGUAAGAUCAAAACUUGUAUGAAGAUGGGCAUGGGUUAUUAUUUUGUUGAGAUUAUUUUCUCAGGUUUGGUUUUGCCUUUUGAUGUUUAAGGGUUCAAUGUUUAAGUGGAACAUUACUGUGAUAUUGUAGAUGUAUGUACUUUUUAUGUUACUGCUGUAUAGUUACUGGAGGUUUUAUAUGACAGGACAUUUGAAAGGCAAGUUAUGUUCUUCACACAUUAACUUCUCCCCAUGAAAUGCACUUUUUAUUUACUGAACUACAGUCAGUGCAUCGGUUUGGUUCUGUAUGUGUGUGUGGUGACACAUUUUCUGAUUUAAUUCACUUAGCUUCAGUGUUUAGGACUAGAGAAAUAGACUUACGUUUAUUUUAUUACCGAUGAACAACUGUUUCACGGGGUGUGACCCUCCCGAAAUACAAAAGUGUAGUUCUCAAUGAGA